AUGAGUCGCAAGUCCCAAGCCACCGCCCAAAGUUCCUUCAAGUGCCAAGUGUGCGGCAAAGUGUUCGGCCAACAGGGUCAUCUCUUCAUUCACAAGAAUGUCCACGCGGAGGUGAGGCCCUUCGGAUGCGACACCUGCGGCAGGCGCUUCAGUCAGAAGGGAAACCUCCUUCGCCACUCGCUCUUGCACACCAACGAGAAGCCCUUCGGAUGCGGCGUCUGCAGGAAGUUCUUCGCAGAGGCUGGCUGCCCUGAAGAGGUGUCGGCGGAGGAGGCGUUGGAGCGAGGGUCCUCCGCUGAGGCCAAGGAGGGCGCCCUCAGGUGCAAGGUCUGCGGAUUACAGUUCAGGCGGAUUUUCCAGCUGAUGGAACACCUGAAGUAUUUACGACAAAAGUCACAGGCAAAUUCUCGCAUAAGAGAUCUUGUACAAAUGCAAGAUGAUGGAACGGCUGAAGUCCAACAUGCUCUCGGGAAGGGGAGGAAAAUAAUGCCUUAUUCUAGGCCGCGUUCCCACUCUUCAAGGUCACGUGAAGGCUCCCUAUAUAACCUUCAGAUCAGACAGAAAGCCAUCAGUUGUUUCCCAGAUUCCAGGAUGAGUCGCAAGUCCCAAGCCACCGCCCAAAGGUCCUUCAAGUGCCAAGUGUGCGGCAAAGUGUUCGGCCAACAGGGUCAUCUGUUCAUUCACAAGAAUGUCCACGCGGAGGUGAGGCCCUUCGGAUGCGACACCUGCGGCAGGCGCUUCAGUCAGAAGGGAAACCUCCUUCGCCACUCGCUCUUGCACACCAACGAGAAGCCCUUCGGAUGCGGCGUCUGCAGGAAGUUCUUCGUGCAAAAGGCUCACUUGGUGAAACACGUGGUGGUUCACAGGCAGAGGCUGGCUGCCCUGAAGAGGUGUCGGCGGAGGGAGGCGUUGGAGCGAGGGUCCUCCGCUGAGGCCAAGGAGGGCGCCCUCAGGUGCAAGGUCUGCGGAUUACAGUUCAGGCGGAUUUUCCAGCUGAUGGAACACCUGAAGGCCCAGCAUAUCCUCGGAAGGGUCGACAAAUAG